GUGGGGGUGGCCGAAGUUCCAAAAGGAGGAGGCUUCAGGGUAUAAAUAAAUCCUUAUCGAGGAUAACAGAGCUGUUAUAGAAGCUCAUUUUCACUCCACACAGUGCAGAAGCUGCCAGGAUCUCGAGGAAUAAAGAGACCAUGGAUUCCCAAAUUACAAAGAUAAAUCAAAGCCUUAACACAGCAGAGGAGAUGAGGAAGCAAACUCAGUACAUAAUGCAACCCUAUGCCAACUGGGAGGAGUAUCUAACUCCUAUACCACUCUCCAUCGCCAUCAUGGCAGAACUGGCCUGUUUAUCUUCCAACUCUGAUUUCUCCAUCAACAAAAACCCACCAAAAGAUGGCUACAAGUACAUCAGACACCCAGACUCAUUUUGUGCCUGCCUCAUGCAAGUGUGUAACUCUGGCUGGUGGGCAUUCAAUGAGGCCCAUAAGAACAUGGAUCAGAUUAGACUCCACACGCUAAAUGUUCCAACAUUUAUGAAGAAUGUGGUUAAGAUUCUGUUUGAAGGCAGCAAUAACAUUAUUCAAGCUCAUCUCCCUGACCAGUUGGAGAACAUCCAUGUCAUUGCAGAUGAGUGUCUACAGCUGGCCAAUUCAACAGAAAGGCGUUUUGCUGAUGUCAUCAAUAUUAUCCAAGAACUGCUGGAAGUGUGUAUAAAAGCUAGGAACCUUUACGGAGAGGAGGUGGAAGAAAUUAAGAAGAAACUAGAAGAGAGUAAAUUGAGACAGGAUACAUCAAAUGAAGCAGUUAAACGCUCCCAGAAAGUGGUCAAAACAAUGGAGGAAGAACUGAAGGAAGCACGUCAGAGUUACAAGGCAGCAAUGAACAGCCUCCCCGGUGGAUGGGAAAUGAUGGCUAUGGAUUUUAUUGGAGCUGUGACUGACAGCAUAUCAAGUGUAUUUAAUGGACUCUCGGCUCUAGUGACUCAACCAGUGUCCAAAGCUUGUAAAGCUACCACAAAAAUCGCUGACACAGUUAGCCAAAUCAAGAGUGAAAACACUGCUGCUGAUCCUGUGGAUGAAAUUAACGUCUAUAGCAAGUCUAGAGAAAUCCUGAAAUGUGCAGAGAUUAUUGAGCAGUUUGUGCAGGAGGACAAGAUCAACUGGGACGGCUUGCAUGAUCAAAAAAACAAUGCUACAGUAACAGAUUUCCCAGCAAAGCAGUUUGAAAGAAUUUUGACAAAUUUGGAAAAAAUCCCAAACUGCGCAUCAAAGCAUAAUGCCCAAAGUUUAUGCAAAAAUGGCAUUGAGAUCUGUCAAGAACUAGCUAAAUAUGCACCAGCUGGGGAAUGUGAUGAAGCCACAACUUUGUCACUGAUCAAAAGAAUCCAAGAUUUGACAAAAGUAGCUUGCACAUUUGACAGCAGAAGCAAAGACGUGGCAAAGUGUCCUUCCCUGACUCCCAAACUACCGAUGAUGUAUAAGGAAGAAGCUAAAAUGGAGAAAAUGACCACAUCACAAAAGGCAUCAAAGAAUGCCAGGUUCCGCAUAGAACAGACCCGAGUUCAAAUGAACAAGACCAGAGAGCUCUAUGACAGAAGUGUGGAGAACAUGGAGAAGAACCAAAAGGAGCUGACUGAAAUCCUGAUCACCAUGAGAAACUGUAAAGUCAAAGAGAUAGAUUUCAACACUGCCAUUCAAAUGCUGGUCAGAGGUCUGGAUGCGAUGGGAAAAGUGAAACAACAGUGGGAGAAGAUGGUGCACUUUUUUCAGAUGGUGUCCAAUAUUGUGAAAACCAGCCUGCACACAAGUCUUAAAGAGUUUACCACCACAUCUGAAAAGACACAAGCACUUUCCUACAACGAGAAGCUCUUCAGCAAAGACCUGCUCUACAGCCAAGCCUUUCAGGCCACCAACGUCGCCAGCCUGGUCCACAUGAUCUCAAACACCUACACUGAGGUGUCCAGCAAACACCUCAUGGACAGCGUCAGUUCUCUGGGAAUGCUUUUGUCUAUGGAUAGGGAAAGUCCAGGGUUUAUGCAAAAGCGUUCCGAGUUACAGGACUCCUGUGACAUGGCUCAGAAUGCCAUCUUAUGCCUUGUGCUCAAGAACAAGAAUGAGUUUGAAAGGAAGACUAAUUCAAGACUGGAAAAGAUUGAUAGAGAGCUGCUUGUCAUUCUCCCUGCCGCUAAACCUGAAGAGAUACAGCAUAUUCAAGAAGCCACACAAAGUGGAUUCACAGAGGAAGAAGUAUCAGAAUAUGCCUAAGAGAGUUAACCAAGAUCAGUCGCCCACUCAUUCACAACGUGGCAAUCCGUCAUAGAAUUUGGAAAUACCUUACUUCCGGUAGGAAAGCAUGAAAUAAAACAAUUUUUCAACUCAGACAAUCAGGCGACAUUCGCUCAUCCUCCCAAGUUCUUAACAUAACGACAAUUGGCAUCUAAACCGUAUGGUGCCUCUUAUUCACAGUACAGAAUCUAAAUGGUAGAACUUUAGAUUCACAAAAUAAUAUCCUUUUAAUUUCCUCCCUUUGAUUUUUGCCCAAUUUUACCGUGAUAAAGACGAACAAGUUGAUCUUGAGAUGUAAUUUCUAGUCAUGGAGAAUUAAUUCAAAUAUAAUACAGUAGCUCUUCUUCAGAAGUUCAGCAAUAUCAGACACUAGCCAUAACUACAUUGGAUAAAAUAUAUCCAAAGAUCAAACCCGGGAAAAUUGACUUGGAUAUUUCUGAAUUGUGAGUAUAAUGGAUUGCAGCAUUAAUGUAGUAGUUUUCUGUCGUACCCCUGUACUUCAUAGGGAUCAAAAUUUCACAAAGUUAAAGUCCUGAUAUGUGUACAAAAUUUUUGUCAAUGAAAUCCUAAAUUAAUUAAAGCAAUUAAAGAUUAGAUAUCAGAUUUUUUUCAGUGUCUUGUUCCAGUGUGUAACAUGCUGUAGUUUUAAUGUUGAAACCAAACAUUACAGCAAGAUCUGGAUAAAUUAAAAUAAAUAAAUGCAUAAAUAAAUGAAUCUAUAAAUAAAUAAAUGCAUAAAUAAAUGAAUAUAUAUAUAAAUAAAUAAACGCAUAAAAAUGCAUAAAUACAUACAUACAUACAUACAUACAUACAUACAUACAUACAUAAAUAAAUAAAUAAAUAAAUAAAUAAAUAAGUAAGUAAGUAAGUUUAUCUGGACUGGCCUUAUACCACAUGGUUUGAAUUCACGAAUAUGAUCGGUCAGAAAGUGUGGAUAGUGUCUCGGGUUGUAAAGUGACUGUGAGGUCAAGGUUGAUAUUAAUGCAGUUGUUCUAAUGUUUUUGUUUCUAUAGUAACAGCCCAUACACAGGAACUUGCAUGCUGGAUGAGAGAGAGAGAGAGAGAGAGAGAGAGUAUUUAUUGUUGAGUGACAGGCUGUUUAUCAUUGCUAUAACACACAAGUCAUGACAGGAGCUCACUCCUUUAUGGGCAACAUUACUUAAACCGUUAACACGCCCUUGUUGUUUAUUAAUAAAAUAAACAAUUUAAUUGUUGGUACAUUCGUGUGGAUUAACACACCCAGAGCAUGCGGUUAUAAGGUCAGGGAUUCAAACUAAUGCAUUACAUAUUGUUUUCUUAAUAGUUACAUAAAAUGCUGUGUUGUUCAUGCAGAUUGCUUCAUUACACCAGUGGGGUUACCAGAGGACAGUGGGCGGGCUUAAAUUGAAAAUGUGCAUAUUCAUGAGCAUAAUUCUUAAUGAUGGUAGAAGUCUAAGUGCCUCAGUACCUUUUUCAUAUCAAAAUUUAAUAUUCAGUGUGUAAAAUGUUCAGAGGUCCAUGGGCUUUUAGCAUAAGCUGUUAUUGUAUGUGGUGUUCAGUUCAACUGAUAAUUACUUCUUUAAUUAAUUGCUUAUUUUGCAACGCCAAUUUGAUUUGUUAGUAGCACUAAAAAACCAUGAAUAUAUUUUUCUUUUAGUCGUAGAACUUACAAUUUACUUUAAAUUUGUUUGUGUUUUCUUCCUGUGUUGCAUUUCUUUCUGUUGCAGUAUUAUUCAGCACAGAUCACCACCCCUGUACCUGUCAUAAUGCAGAUCUUUUUGCACUGAAAAUGUGGUGUUAUGAGAAAUUGUUGCUAUUAUUAUAUAUUAUUAUACAUUAACUACACUCCAUCACGGAUCAGUUUAGUCUCAGGUUUGUACAUUUAUAACAGCUCACAAGAACGACUGCAUCUAAAAGCUCAAGGUCAUUCAGAGGUCCAGAGCCUGUACUGGUUGUUACGAUGCCAUUUAAAUAUUUUAAACAUUUCUACUGAUUAAACUGAGAAAUGAUGUACACAACUGUAUAAUUCUUACCAUAAUUAUACAAUAAAAAAAAUUAUAUAAUUUAAUGGUGAGUGAAAUAGACUACCAUAGGUUCAGGCAUCAUAUAUAAUAAUUAGCAUUUGUAUUUAUUGUUAGUUAUUACUGUUGUUGUGGCUUCCUUUGC